CGCGGAUAUCUGGUAUCGUCUGCUUGAGGUCCGCAUAAUCGUCCCUAAGAAGGCCCUACCGCGCUGGUCCAGCUUCCGCUAUUGUCGACUUUGUUCUCUUGAUUUAUCGACCUACUUUUCAAUCUGGUCACUCGCGUCUUCGAUUUUUACUUCCAAGCACCAUGUCCGACAAGCUUACCCGAAUUGCUAUUGUCAGUACUGACAAAGUGAGUCUCGUAAAUGUCGUCAAGAAUGUAAAAAGUCCUGCCCCGUUGUCCGUACCGGAAAGCUUUGCAUUGAGGUUACUCCCGAAUCCAAGAUCGCUUUCAUCUCUGAGCGCCUCUGUAUUGGUUGCGGUAUCUGCCCGAAGAAAUGCCCAUUCGGCGCUAUUCAUAUCAUCAACCUGCCGACCAACCUGGAGAGUCAGGUCACCCACCGCUACUCCGCCAACAGCUUCAAGCUUCACCGUCUUCCUAUGCCCCGUCCUGGUCAGGUUCUUGGUCUUGUUGGAACAAACGGUAUUGGAAAGAGUACAGCUUUAAAAAUUCUUUCUGGAAAAUUGAAGCCCAACCUUGGCCGUUAUGAUAACCCGCCGGACUGGGAGGAGAUCCUGAGAUAUUUCCGAGGUUCCGAAUUGCAGAACUACUUUACGAAGGUGCUGGAAGAUGACCUCAAGGCCGUCGUCAAGCCUCAGUACGUUGAUCAGAUUCCUCGAGCUGUGAAGGGCCCUACCAAGAACGUCGGAGACCUCAUCAAGGCCCGCGCGCAACUUGACAACAUGGAGGCGACUUUGGACAACCUAGAACUUAGACAGGUUCAGAACCGUGACAUUGACCACCUUUCUGGUGGAGAGCUCCAGCGAUUUGCCAUUGGUCUUGUCUGCGUCCAGAAAGCCGACGUCUACAUGUUCGACGAGCCGUCUUCCUACCUUGAUGUCAAACAACGUCUCGCCGCUGCCCGCUCUAUUCGAGACCUCCUGCGCCCUGAUGACUACGUCAUUGUCGUUGAGCACGACUUGUCUGUUCUCGACUACCUUUCUGAUUUCAUUUGCGUGCUGUACGGUAAGCCUGCAGUUUACGGUGUCGUGACAUUGCCGUCCUCGGUGCGUGAAGGUAUCAACAUCUUCUUGGACGGCCACAUUCCAACCGAGAAUCUUCGGUUCCGAGAGGAAUCCCUCACUUUCCGUCUCGCGGAAGCCGGUGACGAUUUCGUGAUUGACAAGGCGCGUGCGUUCAGGUACCCAACCAUGGAGAAGACCCUUGGGAACUUCCACCUGAAAAUUGACGCCGGUGAUUUCACCGAUUCGGAAAUUAUUGUAAUGAUGGGAGAGAACGGAACCGGAAAGACUACCUUCUGCAAAAUGCUUGCUGGUGCCGAGAAGCCUGACGGCAACGUUUCAAUUCCCCGCAUGAACAUCAGCAUGAAGCCCCAGAAGAUUACCCCCAAGUUCCAGGGAACCGUCCGUCAGCUCUUCUUCAAGAAAAUUAAGGCCGCGUUCCUGUCGCCCCAAUUCCAGACUGAUGUCUACAAACCUCUCAAGAUAGAUGACUUCAUUGACCAGGAAGUUCAGAAUUUGUCUGGUGGUGAAUUGCAGCGUGUCGCCAUUGUGUUAGCCCUUGGAAUGCCCGCCGAUAUUUACCUCAUCGACGAGCCUAGUGCUUAUCUCGAUUCCGAGCAGCGUAUCGUUGCCGCCAAGGUCAUCAAGCGUUUCAUCAUGCACACCAAAAAGACUGCCUUCAUCGUCGAGCACGAUUUCAUCAUGGCUACCUACCUUGCUGACCGUGUCAUUGUGUUUGAUGGUAAGCCGUCUGUUGACGCGCACGCAAACGCUCCUGAAUCUCUUGUCACCGGUUGCAAUAGCUUCUUGAGGAGUCUUGACGUGACAUUCCGUCGUGACCCCAACAGCUACCGCCCACGUAUCAACAAGUACAACAGUCAGAUGGACCAGGAGCAGAAGCUGAGCGGUAACUUCGUAAUACUUCCUAGAGGAAGAGAAAUGAAGAGGGCAUCCCAAAGAGACAUGACGCAUCAGCGACUCGGCUACGACGACGUCCCCGGGGCGGUGUUGAGCUUUUCGGCGAUGCGGAGGGAACGUCCGAGGAGGAUGACAAAGAGGGCGAGGCUUCAACGACAAGCAUGGUUCGACUUGAAGCAAGAAUGCGGCUCCUAG